AUGUCAUCCAUGGAGACAAAACAUGAGAUUUGCAGUCCUUUUGUGCAACGUCGACGCAACAGUUUGAGGAAAACCUGUGCAGAGAUAGUUAAUGAAUCUCGACAGUCGCUGCGAGUUCAGUCCACCCAGCGACCAUUUACUCCACAAGAUGGACAUAGACAACUGUUUGGUAGAAAUUCUGUUCGAACAGAUUCUGACAGCAGACCAUCAUCUACUUUUAGUCUUCAUGGUCAGAAUUUUGAUGCGUCAGACUCCAGGCCAGGCUCUGGGACUCGCCUCUCGCCUUUGAACCAUAAACCAAAACUUCCAGCCCCUUUUAAAGCUCAGGAUUCAUCCAAGGAAUUUCCCAAAUCCCCCUCUUGCCCAGUGGAUACAAGGAGGGGACUGGCACACGCUCGGUCACGCCUCCUCAAGCCUCUCACCACGCUGCUACCAUCAGAAGUAUCAAUAGAAGUGAAAGAGAAAUUAAAUCCUGGUCCUGAACAAAAGCAGCAGUCAGCCGAACAGUUAUGCCGUCCAGAACAAUCAACAGUUCACAAUGAUCCUCCAAUACCUGGCCCAUGCAAAUCAUCUAAAGAAAGCAGGAAAACUGUACAGCCUGGUGUUGACUCAGGAGUUAUACUUUCUGCUAGCAGAGCAAAACAGCAAACAGAGCUCAGGCAUGAAGACAAUGCCACAAGCGCAAAGGAGGAGGCAGAGUCACUGGUGUGGAAUAAUGUGAUAGUCCCUUUUCUUGAAGAGCUGGAGAGUGUGGCUGCAGGCAGCUCUGAUGGCUCCGUGGACCGCCUGUGUGAUUUGUGUGAUGGUCUGCAUGGCACGUUGGCAGACGCCGACAUGCUCGGUCGACGCUGUAAGAGGAGGUCGAAAAUGCUGCGAACACUGUUCCGCCUCAUUGACCUGAACUCCUCCAAGCUCAACCUGCACAUCGCUAAGCUCUGCCUUGCUCUGUCCGUGAGUGGAAACAACCUGCUCAACAUCUGUAAGCUCAUUUUUCAGAUCAGCCAGAGCGAAUCCAACGACAUCCUCUUCCAGGAAAACGCCAUCAUUGACUCGCUGCUGGAUGUGCUUUACAGUGAAGAUGUGAACGUGUCGGGAGAAGCCCUGCUGUAUUGUGUUGGUGCUUUGAAGUUUCUCUCUGGAAACACGGCAAUCCUGAGACUCUUGCUGGAUAAGAACUGUAUGGAUGUUGCUCAGAAACUCCUCCAGGUGCUUUGCGCAGUAGAUGACACCUGCUUGAAGACAGCAGGGCACAUCCUCGUGCAGCUGACAGCCACCUUGAGGAACCUUGCUGAUCACCCCGAUUCCCGCGCACUCUUUGUUUCCUUCUCCAUACUUCCAGUGCUCUGCCAGGUGUUGCAUCAUCACUGUGAAGACAAAGACAUCUGCACAAACAUUUCCAGAAUUUUCAGCAAACUCUCCUCUUACUCUCAGUGCUGUCUCGCUUUGGCUCAAAUCCCCAACUGCUAUCCACUGUUUUUAGAAUUGCUAAGCAAACACCACCGAAAACAGGACCUUGUUGUGCGUCUUCUCUUCACCCUUGGCAACCUCACAGCCAGAAGUGAUGCUGCUCGGCUGCAGCUCUUCCAGUGCAGUGGCUGCAUGGCUACACUCCUGCAGCUUUACAGCAGCUACCAGAGGAGAGACGAGUCACCGCUCACACCCUCUUCCCCCAGAAAGCCUGCUACUCCUCCCAUCAGUGCGCGAGAGGCCGAUGACGUGCUCGUGAAGCUGGUCAGGGUGCUGGCCAACGUGUGCAUCCACCCGACUGUGGGUCCCUCACUGGUUGCCAAUCCAACCUGUGUCCAGCUUCUGAUGGAGACACUGGAGCUGAGGUCGAUGCAGGAGAGCGAGGAGCUGAUGGUGAACGUGGCCGCCACCUUCAACAACCUCUCGUUCUACCAAGAAGAGAGCUCCACGAUCAGCCACAACCGGCUCGCCAUCACAAAGUUGAUGUUGAAGUUGAUGCUUUCCUCGAGUAUGGAGGCCGUGCUGGAGGCCACUCGUGUCUAUGGAAACCUGUCACAGCACAGGGACGUGCGAGACUUUGUUAUGCAAAAUAAAGUGCACAAGUUUGCGGUGACCCUGCUUGACUCAAAGAGAGCGGAGAUGUGUUUUUCAGCCUGCGGGGUCCUGACCAACCUGGCUCUAGAUCCUCCUAAAAGGGUCAGUCUCGCACUGGAAGGGACCUCGGCCAAACUGGUGGACUGUCUCAGAGACUUGGGAGCAGCUGACUGGCAGCUGGCAGGCCAGGCUUGUCAGGCGAUGUGGAAUCUGACGGGUGGUGGCUCAGAGGAGCUGUUGGACACGGAGGACCGACAAACACUGCUCAAGAUCCUAACGGAGUUCUUAGAUGAAGAGGAGGUUCUGAAGUGGGUGCAAAAUGAAGACAUGAGGGACUUUCACAGGGCAUGCUGGGAGUUGGAGUUUCAACCUGUUGCUCAAAAACUACUGAAGGCACUCCAGUCUCAGGACCUGACAGCUUGA